CUGAAGAAGGCCAGCAAGAGGCUGACCUGCCACAAGCGCUACAAGAUCCAGAAGAAGAUCAGAGAACACCACCGAAAAGUCAGGAAGGAGGCCAAAAAACGUGGACGCAAAAAGCCCAAGAAAGAUCCCGGUGUUCCCAGUGCUGCACCGUUUAGGGAAGAGCUUCUACGGGAAGCGGAGCAAAGAAAGCAGAGGCUUGAAGAACUAAAACAAAAGCAGAAGCUCAACAGACAGAAAGAACAUGAAAAGAAAAGGAAGCUUGAAGCUAAAAAGAAUGCAGCCAAAAUCAAGGAAAAAGCAGGGGAAAAGGAAUCCUCUGGCAAAUCUAAAGCAAAGACUAACAAACUGCCCGAUAAAAACUCAAAGAAAUCAUUCUGCAGGGAGCUCAGGAAGGUGAUUGACGCCUCAGAUGUGGUUCUAGAGGUUUUAGAUGCAAGAGAUCCAAUGGGCUGCCGGUGUCCUCAACUGGAGCAAGCUGUAACUUGCUCUGGAGGAAACAAAAAGCUACUGUUGGUUCUGAACAAAAUUGAUUUAGUGCCAAAGGAGAACUUAGAGAAAUGGUUGAAUUAUUUAAAGAAGGAGUUUCCAACGGUUGCUUUUAAAUCGGCAACAUUGAUGAAGGACAAGACUAUGGUAAGACAGGAACAGUUCAGAAAAAGACACGCUCGCGUUGAUUUAUCGAGAACCACUGAAUGUUUUGGAAGCAAGUGCCUUUUGAAACUUCUUCAUGAGCAUGGCAAGACUCAAAACAAAGCCAUUCAGGUUGGGAUAGUAGGUUUCCCUAACGUAGGAAAGAGCAGCAUAAUCAACAGUCUUAAAGGAGUUCGUGCUUGCAACGUUGGCCUAACAAGAGGUGUUACCAAGUCCAUGCAGAUUGUGCACAUUGAUAAACAGACAAAGAUGUUAGACAGUCCAAGUAUCAUUGCAGAUCCUUCUAACAACGCCCUGGCUCUGGCCUUGAGAAGUAUCAUAGACACUGAAGAAUCAGGAUCAGCAGACGUGCUUGAAGGAGUAGAUGCCAUUCUAAAUCACUGCAGUAAACAGCAGGUAAUGAUGCACUAUAGCAUCCCGGAUUUCAGGAACACUGAAGAGUUUUUAACUUUACUUGCUCAGAAAAGGGGCAUGCUGAAAAAGGGAGGUGUUCCUGACAUAGAGAAUAUAGCUAAAGUACUACUUUGUGACUGGACAGGUGCUAAAAUAAGCUACCACUCACAACCUCCGGAAUCUCAGAGACAGCCACCGUAUCUUACAGAAGACAAAAUAGCUGAAAUGCAGGAGUGCUUUAAUUUAAAGAACGUAGAAGAUGAAAACAACGCCACUGUUCAAGCUUUAAAAUUCCCCAGUCCAGCAAACAGCAUCAUUUUCCAGUCAGCUGGUAUGACAAAUGGGACAAUAGGGGAAAAUACACUCAUAGAGGAAGCAUCAGAGUGGGAAGACCUGGAAAAAAGCAAAGAGGGAGAGGAAGACGAUGACGAGGAUUUCGCAGAAACUGAUGAUGAUCAAGAUGAUGUAGAAGAAGAAGAAGAAAUGGAUGUCCAAGAGGAAAGCAAAAUUCAAGUCAUCAGGAAAGCAAAGCUUGGAAAACGACAAACAAGUCCUACAAAUUCAGAAAAGCAGAUAGCAGAACAUUCUAAUUCACUAUCAUUCAGCUUGGAUAAGACAGCAGAUGAAGAUGAUGCCUACGAUUUUAAUACAGACUAUGUGUAA